UGGAGGAAGCGGGUCGUCAUGGCGUUCUGCGGGCCCGGUGCCUACCUGACCCACCAGCAGAAGGUGUUGCGGCUUUAUAAGCGGGCGCUGCGCCACCUGGAGUCGUAUUGCGUCCACAGGGACAAAUACCGGUACUUUGCUUGUUUGAUGAGAGCCCGGUUUGAAGAACAUAAGAAUGAGAAGGACAUGGUGAAGGCCACCCAACUGCUGAGGGCGGCGGAGGAAGAAUUCUGGCACAAUCAGCAUCCUCAGCCAUACAUCUUCCCUGAGUCUCCGGGAGGGACCUCCUAUGAGAGAUAUGAGUGUUACAAGGUGCCCGAGUGGUGCUUAGAUGACUGGCAUCCCUCCGAGAAGGCGAUGUAUCCUGAUUACUUUGCCAAGAGAGAGCAGUGGAAGAAGCUGCGGAUGGAAAGCUGGGAGCGGGAGGUUAAGCAGCUGCAGGAGGAAACCCCAGUUGGUGGUCCCAGCACUGAAGCUCUGCCCCCGGCCCGGAAGGAAGGUGAUCUGCCCCCGCUGUGGUGGAACGUUGUGACCAGGCCCCGGGAGCGGCCCAUGUAGAGGGAGAGGGAAACACCCCACCAGCCAGUCGCGCUUGCAAGUGAAAUAGUUUACAGUACGUAGACACACUUGCCCUAAUAAAAGUAACUCAACACGGAAAAAAAAAAAAAAAAAAAAAAAAAAAAAAAAA